AUGGUGUUGGAGUCGGGCGAAGUCUUCAUGGAUCAGGUCGAGAAUGAAAGUGUCGGGGACCCACUGGAGCCAAAUGUCCCAAUGGAUCCACCCAAAACCUCCAACUGUUCAGUCAAAAAUGCAGCAGCCAGAAGAAGUCAUGUCCCCAGAAAGGAGAGGGUGUCCCACAACAGGGUUCUGGACCUGACGAGCAGCUGCCAGGGGGCAGAGAACAGGCCAGUGCUUCACCAUUCCCUCAGCAUGAAGGUGACAUCGCAGUUCCUGCGAGGUUCUCAGAAACACGUGGCAGACAGGAAGAUCCUGCAGCCUCCUUGGCGCAGUGGCUGUGCGGCCUCCUCCACCCCAUCUCAGAGCUUGACCAGCUCCAGCCUUGGAAGGGGCAGAUGGAUGCGACGCAGCGAAAGCACCCUCUCCAUUAACUACCCUUUGGUGACGAGAGCCGGCAGGGGGCUGAUAAGACCCGCCACCUCCCUUCCCCACAUAGCUAAAGGAGCAGCUGAUUCGACACUCCCCACUCCCAUCCGACCGUGUCUGCUUGUCUCCCUCAGACCUCUGAACUUGGACCAGGAAAAGCAGGCCUUCUUCCAGUCCAACUACAAGUAUGAGCCACAGUUUGAGUACAUGCAGCCCGAGCCGACGAGUGUUCUAGAUAAGUACAGAGAAGGUUCUGGUCUCUUCCUGGAGCAGGCAGUUGGAAUCAUGGAGUGUGUUUUGAAGAAAUAUGAAUCUUAUACAAACUUUGAGGAACUGACGGGUGGCAGCGUUCUACCAAAAAGUCAAGUUUGGGCAGCUGUACGCAGAUACCUACAGAAAGAGGGCUGUUUGGGAGAGGUUGUUGUUUGUCUGUCCGACAAGCUGCUGUCACAGGCGAUGAUGGUGGUGGAGAACUGCCGUCCCACUCUUACCAUCAACUUGGCUGGGGCUCGGCAGCACUGGCUAGAGGGAAUGCUGAGGCACGAGAUAGGUACACAUUAUCUGCGAGGUGUGAACAACAGUUUGCAGCCAUGGGCCACCUCAGAGGGCAGGAACCAGUUUGGCCUCAAACCAGCCAAUCCCACAGAGGAAGGCCUGGCCAGCCUGCACAGUGUGCUGCUCCGUAAGCAGCCAUACCUGUGGCGUGCCUCGCUCCUAUACUACACAGUUUACCAUGCCACCAGUAUGAGCUUCAGCCAGCUUUUCAGUCACAUUGCACGCUUCGUCGAAGACCCAGAUGUUCGCUGGGAGUACUGCUUGCGUGCCAAGAGGGGACAGAUGGACACCUCGCAGCCUGGCUGCUUCAGCAAAGAUCAGAUUUAUCUUGAUGGGAUUCUGCGGAUUCUUCGCCAUCGAAGGACCAUCGACUUUAAGAUGUUGACUGUAUUAGGAAAGGUUUCUUACGAAGACGUGGAGAAGCUGCGUCAUCUGGCAGUUCUGUCCCCAACCAGAAUUCCACACUUCAUGCGUGACCAGGACCGAUAUCUGCAGCACUUGGACUACAUUGCCCUAAUCAAUGAGCUGGAUGAUUCAACACUGGAACAGCUUCUUCCUUGA